AUGAGAGGGUUAGUGUUCAGCCCAGCGAAAGAAGAGCCCGAGUUAUCUGUUAAUGGGAAGCGGAUGAGAGUGGAGCACUCACAUAUCGGGAGACCUGGUGGAUGCUUUACAACGGAGGAGAUCGAACCCGGAGCCAGCGUCGAAUCGGAGCAGGGCCGAAUAGAGGAUGAUUCAAGGGCAAAUGGUGUCGAGGGAUGGGUCCUUAGACAUGGAUUCGGUUAUGCUUACAAACCCGUCAAAGGGGCGACGGGGUAG